AUGGUGAAUGGCAGAAGAUAUUGGAUCAAAUCACCUGGCUUCGACUCAGCACCCAGCUAUUGUCCGAAUUUGAAUUGUGAAUGGGGAUUCAAAGCAUCACGAAAUGAUCUUAUUGAAGUCACGUCACACUCAGUUGGCUUACGUAUGAGUGAUACACUGACAAUUUUCGAUUACAAUCACAGUGUGAUUGCAAGUCUGUCCGCCGUUUCAAGUUCGAACUCACCAAAACUGAUCUCAACAGUUUCAAGCGGUUCAGUAUUAUUUCAGUUUCAAUCAAUUCCAUUAAAUAUGCAAGUACUCAGUGCCAAUCCGAUAAACGGUUUCGAAUUAGCUGUUGAAUCAAAGCGAAUUGUUUAUAAUCGUAAAGAAGAGAUUGUACUCGAGGAAAACUUGCGAAGUUUCACGGUAAAUAUCAGUGCUGGAUAUUCUUUCAUGUUGCACGUAAAAUCAACGCGAAAUCGUACGAUUCAUCUGUACACAUUUGGUUCAUUGUACAAUACUGGCAUUCUUAUAGAUGUUUUUGAUGGCGCAACCAUCGAUGCAAUGUUGUUGGAUACGAGUGCAUUAUACAACAGUAGUAACGCAGUGGAUUCAACUAACGAAUUACAAAGCAGUGGAAGUGAUUUGAUGUUCCGACUUAUUGGCACUGAUCAAAUAAACAACUUGUUGACAUCAUCAUUCAAUUAUUUCACGUUUUUUGGGAUUGUUUCGGAUAUUGUCGAUGUGACCUAUGCCGAGCAAUGCUCUCAACCGCUAGUUCAAGCAUUCACUUCGGAGGCAAUUCUAGUAUUUGAGAGGCAAACCCCUACAACUAGCCAUGCAACACCAGAAAUAACAACACCAAACAUACCAACACCAGAAAUAACAACACCAAACAUACCAACACCAGAAAUACCAACAACAAAACCAACACCAGAAAUACCAACAACAAAACCAACACCAGAAAUACCAACAACAAAACCAACGUUACCAACUGCAACACCAGAAAUACCAACAACAAAACCAGUAACAAAAUUACCAAAAACAACACGCAAAACUACCGCACGACUGUGCACAACUGCUCUUCAUCACAUUCCUCUGCAACAACAACGACAAAUUCGAUCUGGUUUAGCACUGCGAGUCGCCAGUGAUAAUCCCAACGUUCAACUCUACAAAGGCAUUACAAAUCGCCCUCAGAAUCUAUUGACCAAUUCAUAUCCAUAUCCGAGCUUCGUUUUUGGUGAUGAUUUAACGUUUGUUUAUAUGUCCACAAAUGCACCGAACAGAAUUCGUGUCCGGUCGACAACAAUGCUACGCGACUAUACAUUAGCGCCACUUUCAACAACAUCACAUGGGUAUCUGUACUCACCGGAUUACUUGGCUGACGACGACCUUGGGCGAAUUUAUCAGCGCUAUGAACUAUCAAUGGAAUCAUCAUCAGCUCUGGGAAUAAAGUUGGAAGUAGCAAAUCGAAUCAAUAAUUGUCAAGUUCAACUAUUUGGUGAUUCUGAUGGAAAAUCGACCCUGAACGAGAAGUAUCCGAAAUCUCUAUUCACUUAUCAUUCCGAUUUGAAUUGUUCCGUCGUGCAAUCGCGUGGCGCUGUAGCACAACUACAUGAUGUUCUCUUCAUGAUAUUCUCAAUCUUUUUCAUGUUCGCAUCAAGAACAAUUCUUUUACCUUGA